AUGAAUAUUUCAAGGCUCCCCCUUUCUGGUCUUUCGGCCUUUGUUGUUCUUAUCAUCUACCUCCAAGCUUGCAAUGCCCAGGUUAGCCAUCUCUGUGCUCCUUCUUCUUGUGGGAAUCUCCAUAAUAUAAGCUAUCCUUUUCGAUUAAAAGAUGAUCCACAAAACUGCGGCUACUACGAGUAUGUAUUGUCUUGUGAGAACAAUCAAACGGUUCUUUACUUGUAUGCCGGAAAAUACUAUGUGCAAGCAAUUAAUUACGGUAACUUGACCCUUAGAGUAGUGGAUGCUGCUGUUCAAAAGGAUAAUUGCUCCUCCCUCCCAAGAUAUUCUUUGACUGCAGCCAACUUUAGCUAUAUAGAUCCUUAUGACUUGGAUACACCCUGGUGGAAUUUCAAUAGGAGACCACCGAAGCUUAUUCUGUUCAUGAAGUGUGCAAAUCCAGUGAAUUCCCCUCUCUAUGUGGAUACUUCUCCUUGCAUUAAUGCAAAAGAUUCUUAUGUUAUGGAUAAUUUUACCAGCAUAACGGAUGUUGAGAACUCCUGCAGAGUAGAGUUGAUGGUUUUAUCAUUGUUGCCUGCAAGGGUUGGCAAGAACAUUUCCUUCAUGGACAUCCAUAAUGACCUGGCAUAUGGAUUUGAGGUCUCAUGGUCUGAAAUAUUCUGUCAAAUAUGCAGUGGUCGAGAAUUUUGCUUUCGUGACCGGGGCAUAGAUAGGCCUAGAGGCUGUUCAGAAGAUUUCUUCAAGGAUUUGAGAGACUGGUUCAAAUCUAUCCGGUACCUGAUACUGGUGAUCAUUGGAUUACUAAUAGUAGCAAAAUCUAUCUGUUGCACUCCAUGUGUGAUGGCGUUCUUGAUUUAUACAUGGUCAAGAAGGCAUUUAUCAAUGUAUGACAGCAUUGAAGAAUUUCUCCAAAGUCAGAACAAUUUUGCCCCAGUAAGGUACUCUUACUCUGAUAUUAGGAAGAUGACCAAUGGCUUUAGGGAUAAGUUGGGUGAAGGAGGUUAUGGCUCCGUAUAUAAAGGAAAGCUUCGCAGUGGCCGACUUGCAGCUAUAAAGAUGUUAGGUAAGUCUAAAGCUAAUGGCCAAGACUUUAUCAAUGAAGUAGCAUCAAUUGGGCGGGUUCACCAUGUUAAUGUAGUACAGCUAAUUGGUUUUUGUGCUGAGAGAUCAAAACGUGCUCUUGUAUAUGACUUCAUGCCUAAUGGGUCUCUUGAUAAAUAUGUUUUCUCUCGAGAAGGGCAUGCACAUUUAAGUUGGAAACAAAUGCAUGAGAUAUCUCUGGGAGUGGCCCAUGGCAUUGAUUAUCUACACCGGGGCUGUGAGAUGCAAAUUUUACAUUUCGACAUAAAACCUCAUAAUAUUCUUCUCGAUGAGAAUUUUGUUCCCAAAGUUUCUGACUUUGGGCUUGCAAAGCUUCACAAAACAAGCGACAAUACAGUGUCUCUUACUGCAGCAAGAGGAACAAUAGGAUAUAUAGCACCAGAAUUGUUCUACAAAAACAUUGGUGGUGUUUCAUACAAGGCUGAUGUUUAUAGUUUUGGAAUGUUGUUAAUGGAAAUGGUUGGAAAGAAGAAGAAUUUGAAUGCAGAGGCAGAACAUUCCAGCCAAACCUACUUCCCCAAUUGGGUAUAUAACGAAGUAGUUGACGGAAAAGUUGCAGUUAGAAAUGGCACAAAGGAUGAAGAGAAAAUCGCAAAGAAAAUGAUUACAGUAGCAUUGUGGUGCAUACAAAUGAAGCCAAGUGAUCGCCCUUCGAUGAAUAGAGUUGUAGAGAUGCUUGAAGGAGAUUUGGAAAGUUUGGAGAUACCUCCCAAACCUACCAUAUAUCCAGAAGAAACACCAAUAAUGAGUGGAGAAAAUACAGAUGAAACAUGGUCAUCAUCUAUGUUACUUGAUUCUUCUGAAUCAAUUAGCUUACUCAUAAAUUCAGAUUGAAUCAAUUAGUACUUUUUCUUUCGGCUUGAAGCUGGUCACCUCAGAACAACGAUUCAACUGUGCACUUCUCAAAGCUUCAGUUUGCUUCUUCAACCAAUCUUGGCUUCUGUAGUGGGGGGCUAGUUUUAAUAAGGGAGGUAGGCUACUACAGACUUCUUUAGGUUCAAAUUGGGGUUUGGUUCACUGUACCCUUAUGCUUCAUUGUGUUUCUUCUUUUAUUUUCUGGGAAGCCGAAGCAAAAAGACCGGGAAUGGCGGCGGCAGCAUCACAAUUUCAGCCAAUCUUACCAGUGCUUUCCCUUCAACUCUAUAAAUUUUCUAUUUUGGGCCGUGGGCUGAGCUUUGUUCGUUGGAUAUCUUAUAUAACUUUUCACGUC